AUGAGUUUUGAACCUUAUUAAGAAAAUAAAAAGACUGUUAAAGUGGCUCCAAUUAAAAUUGUUUAAAAUUAGCAUGAAUAGAGUGGAUCUUAGAAUUAAACAACUAAAUAUCCAUAACUUAAUUUAUAAUUCUAAUUUUAAAAAAGUUUCACUCCAGCUGUUACAAUACCUUUAAGUUUUUUAUAAUAGCUUAUUUAAUAAGCCUAAUUAAACAAAAUUUUAAAUUAAAUAGGAUAAACUAAAAUAACUAAGUAAGGACAGUCAGAAGGUGUAAAUAAUCUCAUAACAUAAAUUUAAUAUUAAAAAUAAGGAACUUAAAAAUCAUAAGAAAAUAAUGAAGAUUUUUAAAUAAAAUUAUAUUUAAUUAAGAGUCAAAUGAAAUUUAUUAUUGAAGAUUCAACUUCAAUUGAAACAGUAAGACUUUAUUUUGCUGACAAUUAAAAUUUAUUGCCUCAUUUUUGGGCUUGGAUUAAUUCAAUUGAAGUUAAAGCAUUAGAAGAAAUGCUUAUAUUAUGUUAUACUAAUUCAUCUAGUGCUUAAAAAAUAUAAGAUAUUUUUAAAUCUCUAUUUAAAAUUUUAUCAAUUGAAUUUUAUUAGAAACAUGCAUAUGCAUUAAUUUUGAGAUCAAAUUUACAAGAAAAAAUUAAAUAUCUAUCUGUAAUAGGCGAUAUUCUAAGUAAAAUAGUUAAGCCUUAAGAUUAUUUCUAUUUUAAUAAGUCGUGA